AUGGUACAGGUUGCUUUGGUGAGUUUUCAUCAUUAUGUGUGUUUUAUACAAUACAAGCUUUCAAUUUCCAUUCAUGUUUCAAAGUUUGCUGUAACUCGACUUAACUUAAAUUUCUUUAGUCAUCUAUGAUUAAGACGACGAUCCCGCGCAUUUCAGAGUGCAAACGUGGAGAGCGGCCGCCAAAGGCCAGCCCAGGACCCCAAGACUGGAUAUUUCGUCUACAUGUUAGCCUUUGCCGCAGUUAUCGGUUUGUUUUGGCAAUUCAAUGUUCUUGAUCCUUCUGCGAAAUGAACUUAUCGAAGGAAGUUAAAUGAAAAUCAAAAUUUUUGAAAGACAUUCCAACAUGAAAAGCUGUUUUUCAGGUGGUUUUCUGUUCGGCUACGACACAGGAAUCGUGUCGGCGGCGAUGCUGUACGUGCCAGACAGUCCUGGAAUGAAGCCGAUGAGCUCCGUCUGGCAAGAGAUCGUCGUUAGCAUUACGCCUGGUAUUUUUCGUCCCGUUCCUCCCACUUUUUCGGCUUUCCAACGCAACUCUCAAGUGUGAUAAGAACUGUCCGGCAGCGCUUCAAAACGUGUAACGCACUGCUCUUCAGAUUGUCUUUUUGGUCUUGGAUUCAGUCGGUUUUCGAAAGUACAAAGAUCGCCUGCAGUGUCUUCGCGGUCUUAUAUCGAGUUAAAAGUGACAUUUUGCAAAUAAUGCGUUCAACAUGUCAACUCAAGAUUAGGGACCGCAAAGCCACGCCCCUUUUCGCGAUAGUAAAAGUGGCUUUUUUUUGGUUUUCAACUUUCAUUUUGUUUUAGUUGCAAAAUAUAUAGAACUGGAUAAUAAAUUUUUGACACACAUGUACAGAAAAAGCUUCCUCUUUCGUUUUAAAAAAAUAUUUCACGCUUUUUUUGAUGCGUUCUCGCGGAAUGUCGUACAAAAAAACGUGAAUGCAACCUAAAAAAUUUGCUAUUUUUUGCUUUUUCAUGUGUUUUCAGGUCGAACGCACUCUUUUUUUUUAAAUAAUGAUUUUGAUUCAAGUAACGGUAAUUUUAACACAAUAAAAUAAAAAAAUUCGUCUUUGCCAAAAAUUUUAGGGAGUGCCGAAAGUCAUAAUUCAAAAAUAUCGUUAAUAAGCGAAUAUAAUCGAGUUUUUGUUUUUUCAAAAUUUAGACCAUGGGCUUACUUAAAUUUUUUUCUCCACAGCAUAUGUGCUUGAAAAAAAGUUGUUUAAUCGCCCAAAUUGCUCUUGAAAAUAGAGAAUAAAAUUAGCGGCGUUUAUCACCCAGAAAGCGGUCGAACGCAGGUUUUUUAAACGAUUAUAUGCAUUUAUUAGUAAAAAAUCUUUCAAUUAAAAGAAUAAAAUAAAAAAUUAGUCUUUGCCAAAAAUUUACGGGGCCGUUUUAAUGCAGCGAUCGUUUAACGAGGCAAAAAAAGCACUAAAAAAACAGUUUUUUUCGAAGUGAAUUUCCACGGAAAGUUUGAGUAAAGAUUUGCGAACAUAUUCUGAUAAAAUAGCUAAAUUACUUCAAAAUUUUUCUUUUUUGAAAUAGACAGUCUGUGCUAUUCAAACGGCUCAAGGGUAAGGCGGAUGGAAGCUCCCCCUCGCGAGCUUGGCGCAGCGCGUGCGCAGCGGAUUGUCUUUUUGAGGUCGCGAGUUCGAUACCCGCAAGCGUCAGUUUUUUGUUUUCUGGGAAAUACCGACUUUUUCGGCAAACUAGCAAAUUUCUAUCAUUUUAGCACUCUAUUAUGAUUUGUUACAUCAUAUUAGACCAGUAUCAAAACUUGUUCCAGAAGAAAAAUCAAGGAAAAUGUCAAAAAUGGAUAAUACCAAAAUUUCAGUACUAAAAAAAUGGUGCGCGGCGCGCCACAUUUUUCGUCAUAACUUUUUUCAUCCUCAAUCUUUUUCGAAAAACUAAACGGUUCUGAGUUUUUAAUCGAAACAGCUAUCAAACCAUACAAAGCUCAAUGCUGAAAAAAAAAUUUUAAAAUUUCGUCUGCGGUCCCUACUCAAGAUAAACAGAAACCGCAGAAAUGAAAAUUUCCGAGAUCUCAUUCAGAAAUUUUAAUGACGUUCAGGAAAUAAGUUUUCAAAUUAACAAAAAAAAUUCAUUGACUUCUAGGCACCGAUAAAAGUAAUUCGUUUUUGAAAAUACAAAAUUCUUCACCCAGAUUAAACUUGAAAGGCUUAUUGACGAAGCAUAUGGCGAGUCUAUUGUAAUCAGUAAAGCUUAUUGUGCCUUAACACGCGGGUCAAAAAACUUUGUACUUACUGAUGAGGGGCUGAAAACUCCGCUUAAGAUAGGAAUUAAAAGUGUGCCAUACUGAUCACUGAUUAUAAGGCUUAAGUGUAAAAAGUCCGCCAGGGAGGCGAUUCUUCUCUCUUCUGACUGUCAAUUUGGAACUGAACUUUGGCAAGCAAGCGAAAAAUUGAAGAUACCAUUUUACCAGAUGAUCUUCUUUAUGCGGCGUUCAAAUUAAUUUCCGCAAAAUGCAAAAUAAUAUUGGACUCUCCCAAAUUAAGUUAUUUUUUUCUUUCUCUAACGCCUAUUAUGGAUUGCGCGGAAUCACUUUAAACAUGGCAUUAGAAAUAAUGGGACGCCAUAAAGAAGCAGUGAUCCGAAAUUUAAUGUUUUUUCAAUGCGUCAGGAAGCCUGGAUAUUAGAGUUCUCAAAACCGAACGUUCAAAAAAAUGACCGUUUGAAAAAUAAACUUUUUCAUUUUUUUCGAUAGUUUAGGAUAUAUCAUUUUUCAAACGUUCAACCAAAAAGUUCGAAAAUCGUUUUUCUUAUAAUAAUGAACGUUUGCUUUUUCACAUAAAAAAACGGACGUUCACUUUUUGAACGAACUUUUCACGAGCGAAAAAUGAACGUUCAUUUUUUGAACGAACUUUUCACGAGCGAAAAAUGAACGUUCAUUUUUUGAACGAACUUUUUUAAAAUGAAAAAUGAACGUUCAUUUUUUAAACGAACUUUUCACGAGCGGAAAAUGAACGUUCAUUUUUCAACGAACUUUCUACGAACGAAAAGUGAACGUUCAUUUUUUGAACGAACUUUUUUACGAACGGAAAAUGAACGUUCAUUUUGGUUGAACGUUCAAAAGCAAACUUUAACCAAAAGUUUGGUUUCAACAUUUGUUCGAAAAUGUUUGGUCGAACGUUCGUUCGAACGUUUGGUUUUGAGAACUCUACUGGAUAGUACUGAUAUCUAUUCCAACCGAAGUAAACCAAGUAAAGGUAAAGUUAUAUAUCUUCGAAGUGUGGGUUCUUUCUAUAUAAACAGGUAUCUUCAAGUCAAAAUUAAAUAUGAGAUUAAAUCGCUCAACGAUUCAAAUUUAUUACCGUUGCAGCCGAGUUAUUAACCAGAAAGAAAAAAUUAUGACGCAUAGCUUUUCAAAUUUUGAAGACAGUUUGUUAAUUUCUAUUCCCAAAACCAUUGCAAAACAUCAAUUUUUAAAAUUCAAUGCGAACGACCAUGAAGCAGAAAAUGACUUCUGCUCUCAACCUUAAUGAACAAGAAAAGAGAAAAGUAACACAUUACAGGAAUGGCGGCGGUGGGAUCUUUGCUGUCCGGUACAGGCUCUGACUACCUAGGCAGAAAAAAGGUCAUCAUUGGGGCCACCAUCAUUUUCAGCGUGGGGGCUGGUAUUUGUGCCGCAGCCUGGAACAAAAUAGUUCUUUUGAUCGGUCGAAUCUUCCUUGGAGUCGCCAUAGGUUUGGCCUAACGACUUUCUCACAAAAUUCCAGAGUAUCGCAGGAUUCGCCUCGAUGAUUGUGCCGGUUUACGUCGGCGAGGCUUCACCAGCGCACAUCCGAGGGCGUCUCGUUACCGGCUUCCAGCUCAUGGUCACAAUCGGAUUGGUCAUCGCGAACGUCGUCGGCGGCGCUUUCAGUUACAUAGAUCCAGAAAGGGUCGGCUGGAGGUUAUAUAGACGCCGUCCAGAAAGAAGAAAACGGUUCACGAGCAUGUUGCAGACUCAUGUUCGGCUUCGCAGCUGUUCCCUCGAUCAUUCAGUUUGUCUGCUUCAUUUUCUUGCCCGAGAGUCCACGCUGGUUGUACGAGCACGGUCAGAAAGAAGAAUCGAGAAAUGUUUGUUUUAGAUUACUACAAUUAAUCUACACUGAGUUCCAGGUGCUGGAAAGGAUUUAUGCUGGCGACAAGGAAUGGAUUGACUACGAGUUAGAUGAGAUCCAAGCCUCGUUUGAAGCAGAGACAAAGGCGAAAGAAGAAAUAGGUUUUGAUAAUCUCUAAAAAAAAAGAUGAAAAAGUACGAAUCACAGGCGACGGUCUGACUAUAGUUCGAAUAAUGAAGACGGCGCACGUUCGAAAGGCCUUGAUUAUUGGCAGCAUGCUACAAAUGUUCCAGCAGCUCUCCGGAAUCAACACUGUUAUGUAAAAUGAAAUAUGAGAAAUGCUCAACUUGAAAAAAAUUGCAGGUAUUACACUGGCAACAUCAUCAGGUCGGCUGGAAUCAAAGACAAUCACACUACAAUUUGGAUCUCCGUCGGAACGUCAUGUAUUCUGAGUUUUUUUCUCUUUGCAUAAAAAAUACCUUCAGCAAUCAACUUUCUUGGAACAUUCAUUCCCAUGAGCCUGAUCGAAAGGGUGGGAAGAAGAAUUUUGUUCAUUUUCUCCGUGGUCGGAGUGAUUCUCGCCCUGAUCGCAAUGGGCGUUUCCUUUUUGCUUAUUAGUCAGGUGAGCUGAUUCGUGAGAUCAAAAUUGAUGAUUAUGCGCAGGACGCACUGAAAACGUACAAUGGAACAGAAUACGCAAGCAUGACCAACUACAACACUUCUUUCCCCAACGCGGACCAUUGUCGCAAAUUCUCGUAGGGCUUUUCGGUAGUGCAGAAUAAAAGAUUUUUAGAAACUGCGACGCUUGUGUAACCGACGACAAUUGCGGCUUCUGCGAGUCUAAAGCCGGAAAAAGAGGUGGAGAGAAAAUAUAAGAGAAAAAUAGUCUUUUGCUCAGGUUACUGUCUGCCCUUUCCAACUGACAAUUCCGAUAAGUACUCCAGCACGGGAAUCUGUGCUUCCGAUAAACUCACAAAUAAUGGUUUUAUAAUAGUUAAAUCUCGGCUCUAAUAUUGUUCACAGGCUCACUAUUUGAAUGGGAAGACAACUAUUGCCAUACGAAAUACACCAUUCUGCCUAUAAUCAUCAUGGUUUUCUACUUGCUAGCAUUUUCUACAGGUUGGAAAGCUGAUACGAGCCCUAGGAAAUUUUAUUCCUAGGUUAUGCCCCGCUGCCUUGGGUUAUGAACGCUGAGUUUUAUCCUUUAUGGGCAAGAAGUACGUGCGUAUCAAUAUCCACAGCUGUCAAUUGGAUUUUCAACUUGAUCAUUUCACUAACUUUCUUAUCUUUAAGUCAAGCAGCGACUAAAUACGGUUAGAAACAAAACGAAUUCGAAAAAAAAAACUUAAAAUUUAAGGCACCUUCUUCAUUUAUUGCGGAUGUACCAUUGUCGCCUUGAUUUUCAUUUAUUUCUUUGUUCCCGAAACCAAAGGAUAUUCGAUAGACGAGGUAAAAAGAAGAACCAGAAAACAAGAAAAAAAAAAACAAUUUAGGUCGAAACUCUAUUCAUGACACCUGAAAAAAGAAGGAAAGCACAAGAACGCCUCGCCAAGAAAAACGCAAUAGAUCUCGAUCAAAACUCAAUAUCCAUCAUUUCUGAAAAAAUGUAA